UGCACCAGUCGAUUAAAGAGUCCACACACACGGAGUGAAGAUGGCGAUGAGAGCAGCGUUGCGGUGCCUCUCCACAAACUUUUCCCCCAGACUCCCUCAAGUCUCGUCGGCAGCGCAGGUCUCGGCGACUCGGCUGUUGUGGAGGAGCGGCUCCCUGCGGACUCUUAGCACGAGCUCGGCCCUGUCCACAGCCCUAAAGUUCACAGAUAAGCACGAGUGGGUGCAGGUUGAGGGAGGAAUUGGCACCGUUGGUAUCAGCAGUUAUGCUCAGGUAGCAUUAGGUGAUGUGGUUUACUGUGGACUACCUGAAACUGGCCAAAGACUUGAACAAAUGGAGGAGUUCGGGGCCUUGGAAAGUGUAAAGGCUGCCAGUGAGCUUUACUCACCGCUGACCGGAGAGGUGACUGAGAUCAACACAGAGCUUGCAGAGAAUCCUGGUCUCGUGAAUAAAUCCUGCUAUGCAGAUGGGUGGCUGAUCAAGAUGACGAUUGAAAAGCCUGAAGAACUCGAUGGCCUCAUGGAUCAAGCUGCAUAUGAUAAAUUCCUUAAGUCACUUGAAUAAUUUGAGGAACUCUCCCUUCUGUACUGUUCUGUAAUGUCAUUUCAAACAAUGAUUAUUAGGCAGAGUUACUAA